CCCGGGGACACCGGGACGCCACAGCCGCUGCGGUCCAGGACAGACCCGCUAACUUCCUUUUUAAUAUGAAAUGUCCCAUGUUAUUUUAGACGCAUCCGCCUGCCGCACCGCUUCGAUCGGACCGCGUGCCGGUUCCUUGAACCAGUUUGAACCCCGAUUGAACCCGGCAACUCCUCUGUUUCCUGCGUAAAUACCUACAUUUGUGGCGGUUUCCAUCUGAUGUGAAAUAUACUGCAAGGCGACAGAACUAAACCUUAAUGGGACGAAAAAGGUCUCAAAAUGAUUUUCGGGCUAAUGCGUUAUUGCCCAGUAGAUAUAAUCGCGCAGUUCUUUUAUUUUUGACACAAUCCGCGUAUCCCCUGGUGAGUGUCGGUUGUGGCUGAAGGCUGGUUCCACUGUCUUACCGCCAUGUCUCAAGAGCACUCACCCCUGUUGCCCAAUGGGGCGUGGAGCAGGCCGGUGACCUCGGCGACCCCGGCCACGCGAGCAAAUGUAUCUGGCCGUGAGGAGAUGGGCCUGUUGAACCCGGAGCCGGCACCCACCACACACCGCAGCCUCAACACCUUCUUCGGGGUGUUCGUGCCCACCGUACUGUCCAUGUUCAGCAUCGUGCUCUUCCUCAGGACAGGUUUCGUCCUGGGCCACGCCGGCCUUCUGCAGGCGCUCCUCAUGCUCUGCGUGGCCUACGUCAUCGUCUCGCUGACCGUCCUGUCAGUCUGUGCCAUCUCCACCAAUGGUGCUGUGCAGGGGGGCGGGGCUUACUUUAUGAUCAGCCGCUCGCUGGGGCCUGAGUUUGGAGGUAGCAUCGGCUUGAUGUCCUACCUGUCCAAGGUGUGUGCGUGUGGCGUCUACGUGCUGGGGCUGGUGGAGGCCAUCCUGAACAUCUUCGGCAGGGAUCCAGCCUCCCAGGUCUCCGAGGGGCUACGCGUGCUCCCCCAGGGAUACUGGUACACGGUGCUAUAUUCAUCUGCAGUGCUGCUGGUCUGCCUGGUCAUCUGCCUGGUGGGAGCCCACAUCUACUCGCGGGCCGCCUUCCUCAUCUUUUUGGUGGUGACCAUUUCGCUGCUCUCCAUCUUCAUCAGCCCGCUGGCCCUGGGGCCACGCAAUUUCACUUUCAGCCACCAGGGCGGCGGCAACCACACCCGUGUCUACAACGCCAGCUUCACUGGCUUUAACAGCACCACACUGCGGAACAACUUGGGCCCGGGAUACUCCUUGGACUACAGCACAGACACCAUCAUGUCCUUCGCCAGUGUGUUUGCCGUCAUGUUCACCAGCUGCACCGGUGUCAUGGCCGGAGCGAACAUGUCAGGAGAGCUAAAGAACCCUAGUGCCUCCAUCCCCAAGGGCACCAUCACCGCUGUCCUCUACACCUUCUUCGUCUAUGUGCUCCUCUUCCUCUUGGUCAGCUCCACCUGUGACAGGGUCUUGCUGCUCCAGGAUUACAGUUUCUUCCAGCGCAUCAACAUCUGGCCACCCUUCGUCAUCAUCGGCGUGUACUGCGCCUCGCUCUCCGCCGCCAUGUGCUGCCUGAUCGGCGCCUCCCGCAUCCUGCACGCUCUUGCGCUGGACCAGCUCUUCGGUCGGCUUCUGGCCCCAGCUGCCAUCACGUCCAGCUCGGGGAACCCGUGGGUGUCGGUUCUGUGUACCUGGGCCCUGGUGCAGUGCGUGGUCUUUGCUGGGCAGCUGAACACCAUCGCCGGCCUCGUCACCGUGUUCUACCUGCUAGCCUACGCCGCCGUCGACCUGGCUUGCCUCAGCCUCGAGUGGGCAUCAGCGCCCAACUUCCGGCCCACCUUCCAGUACUUCUCCUGGCACACCUGCUUCCUGGGCAUCGUCAGCUGCGUGGUCAUGAUGUUCGUCAUCAACGCCGUCUACUCCUCGGCCAGCAUAGUGCUGUUGCUGCUCCUGCUGCUGUUCCUGCACUACAGAGCCCCCACCAGCAGCUGGGGCUACGUCAGCCAGGCGCUCAUCUUCCACCAGGUGCGCAAGUUCCUGCUGAUGCUGGAUGUGCGGAAGGAGCAUGUGAAGUUCUGGAGGCCGCAGGUCCUGCUGAUGGUGGCCAACCCACGUUCCUCUGGACACCUCAUCACCUUCGUCAACCAGCUAAAGAAGGGUGGCCUGUUCGUGCUGGGACACGUGCAGCUGGGGGACCUGGACGUCCUGCCUUCGGAUCCCGUCCAGCUCCAUUAUAACUACUGGCUGAGCCUGGUGGACAAGCUGCAGGUGAAGGCCUUUGUGGACCUGACGCUGUCCCCCUCCGUCCGACAGGGGACACAGCACCUCCUGCGCAUCACUGGCCUCGGUGGCAUGAAACCCAACACGCUGAUCUUGGGCUUCUAUGAUGACUGCAUACCUGAUGACUACUUCCUGCAGGACCCCGCCUUCUCUGAGGGGUCCUGGGCCCACCGGGGGGAGGACAACUUCGGCGUGGACCUGUCCUCGUUCCGGGCCCACUUCCCCCUUGUGCGUGGAACUGGCUCUCCCCGCUGGCUCUCCUCGGAGGAGUACGUGGGCAUCAUCUCAGAUGCCAUCAAGAUGGGCAAGAACGUGUGCCUGGGCCGUUACUUCUCCCAGUUGGAGGGGGCGUGGCUCCGGCCGCGGAAGGGCGGGGCUGACAGGACUGUGGACGUGUGGCCGCUGGACUUACUGCGGCCCGAGAGUAGCGGCUGCGUGGAUGUCGGCGUUCUCUUCCUGCUGCAGAUGGCAUGUGUGCUGAACAUGGCCACCGGAUGGCGCCGUGCCCAGCUGCGCAUCUUCCUUUGCGUGGAGGAGGCCAAGGCGGGCAACCAGGGCUGGGUGACCAAGGAGGAGACGCUACGAGAGCUGCUGGGGAAACUGCGCAUCCGGGCGUCCAUCGAGAUCGUGCCCUGGGACGCAGUGCUGAGACUGCAGGGCGGAGCUGGGGGCGGGGCCGAGGCUGAGGGCGGGACUGAGGGCGGGGCUGAGGGCGGGGCUGGGACCACCCCUAGCAUUACAACCUCCAGAGACUUCCUGUCCGGUUUGAAUGGCCUGCUGAUGAAGCACAGUGCCCGGGCCGCGGUCCGCUUUCUAUUCCUGCCCCGCCCCCCAGCAGACCCCAGCCAGUCACAGCAAUACUUGGCAGAGCUGGACGCUCUGACGGAUGGGCUCGGCCCCACCCUCCUGAUCCACGGCGUCACGCCAGUGACAUGCACUGAGCUCUAAGUGGGUGCCGUCAAGGGCCCUGCACAGAAAUUUAGUCGGCAGGAGCAGAUUUGGAACCACCAAGUAACAACCUAAAAUUCCCUUUAUCCUGAAUUAACUGCGGGAGGUUACUUUAAAAUGUUUUACUGGAACAUCCUUCCACUUCCACCCCUCAGAUAGGAGGGGAGCGAAAGUUUGCUGAAUGCACAGCAGGGGGGAAUUCUACUGAAACUAAAGACCAGUAUUUCCAGGUAUCCGGGGGGGGGUGGCAAUCCCAGCCAGUGCCGGGCCUGUGCCAAAGUCUGUUCUCAGAACUAUCAAAUACCAAGGACACAUUACUACUGUAGAUAUUUGCAUAAAACUGUGUACCCAGUGACUCCACGGUUACCGUAUUGUAUAGAUGUGUCGUACCUGCUGAAUAAUCGGCCGGCAUCACUCGGCUCUUAUUUGCUUGGGUCACAUGACCGAGCAUCUUCAGGGAUGAGUUGGCAUGUGCUGUCAGCUUGCAGCACGCCGCAGCAAUAUCGUCCGUGUCGCGCCGACGUUCGUGUUCUGCACCACUUCCUCGGGUCCCGACGUUAAUCUCCGCAGACCACAGAACAUUCGCCCGAGGUAAGGAGCUUUCUUCGAGCUAGUAUGUUCUCGCAAACCUUAUUUUAAUCCGCAGAGCCAGCUGUAAGCUCAGGAAGCGCGCGUGGCUGGUCGCAGACGCACGUUAGCGUGAUUAGCGUGAGGUUUUGGUCCUGCUGCAUUACUGCGUGUGUGAGUGCGUUCGCAUUAGGGGUCUCGGCUAGAAAUGCUUUGUUGCUUUUUCAGAGUGCUGCUUCAGCAGGACCUCGUUAUCGGUAAGCUGCAGCAUCUCUUGGGAAUUGCAGCCGUUUAAGGAAAAGGGAAAUGGUAAUUACGAGAAUCCUUAUUUCUGUAAAAAAAGCCAUUAUUGUGUAACUAACUUUGUUUGUGUUCGAAGGGCAAUGACGACAAACUUUACUUCUCCUUUGCCACCUGUUUAAUAAAGUAUAUUAACUAACCA